CGAAGUCGAGCUCGCGGAUCAAUCGAAUCGGAACGAAACCGGGAGCCGAUCAACUCUGCUAGCGCUCGGCAUCCACGACGAGACUCCUCAGUAGAGUACCGCGCGGUCGACGGGCGAGCUUUGAAUACAUAAUAUCUUAUUUAUCGGUCGUGAGUGUCGGUGGAGUGGUCGGUGUCGCGGUGUGGCGGUGUCGGCGGAUGGUAUCGGGGGCGGCGAGAUGUCGAGCGCGCGGCGGGGAGCGGCCUACACCAUCGACAGCAUCCUGGGGCACCACCAGCACCACCGGCCCAGCGAUGGGGUGGAGCUAAAGAGCGAGAGCGCGCAUUCGGACUCCGAGCACGAGCCCGAGCUGGAGCCCGAGCUGGAGCCGGGCGCCGAGCUCGAGCGCGAGCACGAGCACGAACGCGAACACGAGCACGACCACGAGCAGCUAGACACGCUGGACGCCGGCCGCCCGCGCAAGGUGCGGCGCAGCAGGACGACGUUCACGACGUACCAGCUGCACGAGCUGGAGCGCGCCUUCGACAAGACGCAGUACCCCGACGUGUUCACGCGCGAGGAGCUCGCCCUGCGCCUGGACCUCAGCGAGGCGCGCGUUCAGGUGUGGUUCCAGAACCGGCGCGCCAAAUGGCGCAAGCGGGAGAAGGCGCUGGGCCGCGAGCACGCGCCCUUCCUGCACCACGACCACGGUGUGGGCGAGUGGGGCGGCGGGGUGGGGGGCGCGGGCGAGUGGUGGGCGCUGGGUCUGGGCGCGCUGCCGGCGCCGCUGUGGCCCGAUGCGCCGCCCGCCGCCGCCUUCCGCGCGCUGCUGCACAGAUACGUGCUGGCGCUGCCGCCGCCCGCGCCGCCGUCGCCCGCGCCGCGCUCGCCGUCACCCGCACGCUCGCCGCACGCCGCGCCGCCGCCGGCCGCGCUGCUGGCCGCGGAGCCGCUGCGGCUGCUGCACGAGCGGUACAGCGGCCGCGUGCACACGUAG